GAGUGUAAGUGAGGGUUUGGAUGCUGCGCGAGGCCGUCAGUAUCUGCAUCUCUCGCAUCAGCGCCACACACACAUACACACUCACACAUACACACACACAUACAGCAUCUCCAUCUCGACGCUCCACCUGCCCUCAUCAGCAACCCGAAUUUAAACUGUCUUUGAGCCCAUAAAAAGCGUGAAAGUUGACCGCUUUCGGCUGGUGAAAAGUGCAAUAAUCCUUUAAAGAUGGUUAAACUGGGGAGUAAUCUACAAGACAAAGGAGCGAAAGCUGUUAGUGUUGAGGAUGGCUUUCAAAACGUCCCCCUCAUCACGCCCUUGGAUGUUACUAAUCUUCAGUACCAAGCUCCUGACAAGGUGGUGGUGAAGACACGAACUGAGUAUCAGACGGAACAGAAGAACAAGGCCAAGCUGAAGGUUCCGAAGGUGGAGGAGUUCACCAUCAGUGUGACUGAUGGUGUUUCUGAAAGGCUGAAGGUGACCAUCCUUAUCGUACUGGCCUUGGCUUUUCUGGCCUGCAUAGUGUUCCUGGUGGUGUAUAAAGCCUUCACCUAUGACCACACCUGCCCUGAUGGCUUUGUGUAUAAGCACAAGCGGUGCAUCCCUGCCUCACUGGAGGCCUACUACACCGCCCAGGACGCCAACAGCCGCGGCCGCUUCUACACCGUCAUCAGCCACUACAGCAUGGCCAAGCAGACCACCUCCCGCUCAGUUUCUCCAUGGCUCCCUGCUGGAAGUGCCCAACAUGAUGUCAAGCCUCCCAACACAGACAGCCAAUGAGAUUCCCCACACUGCUUUUUAAAGGGUUUUCAUCACGUCCACCUACAUCACCCAAUUCCCUAAUUCCCUAAUAUUUCUACAGGCCCAUUUGUUUUUUAUGUCCAUUGUUUAUUUAUUUAUUUUUAGCUGCAUAGUUUUAAUCAUAUGCUUGUUUUUUUAUUAUUAUUUAUUAAUAUUUAUUUUUGUUGUAUUUUUUAUUUUUUUGUAUUUAACAUUCAGCUAUUGUUUGUACAAAGGCAUGACUCUGCAAUCUUGUCAAGCGGUUUCCCCACAAUGUCUGUGAGUGUCAAUGACCCAUUAUGGAAGCAGAAUACCCAUAAGCCCCUUAUGUAGUGUAGAUAACAACUUCUUGAAAGGCAUGAUAAAAUGGGGAGUUUUGUGCUUUUAUUUCUGAAACGGCAGAAAAUAUACAUACAUGCUCUCACAUUAGAAUAUGAAAACAGAAACCCUAUUUGUUAGACUCAUUUUAUGUACGACCCAUUAAUGAAACAUUGAUAGGCCAAAAAUAAAAUGGCAAAAAAACAAAACAAAACAAAACAAAACAAAAAAACAUAUUGUAAAUGUACAGAAUGGUUCCUACUUUGAACCUCAGUGUAAAUAACUCAUGAGAGCAAUUACCCAUGGUGUGUAUCUCCAUCAGACACAUUGUAAUAUUCUCACUGUUUCUCAAUGGAUGGAGGUGUUCAGAGCUUUGCGACUUGCUUUAGCUGGUGUCUAUGCUUGCAUUUAACCUGGGGCGCAACCUUGGACUCUGAGAUGAUUUGGUGAAAUGUCUCAUCUGAAUUCCUGCCAAAGCUUGAUUUUCUGCUAUGUUUGGUCACAGGUCUGCUUUUUAUCCAUUUUUAUAUUCGUUGUCAGAAAAAAAAAAAUGGAUUUUUGAAAUCUUGUGCUGUUGUUAGUUGAGAUGUAGCAAAGCCUUGAGUAUUUUUGAUUGUGUAUCCUUUAGGUUGAAAAUAAUAAAGAUAUACAAGGUGUUCAA